GAGGCACGAGGCUCCCUAGAAGAUGGGCGACUGGGGUUUCCUGGAGAAACUGCUGGACCAAGUCCAGGAGCACUCGACUGUGAUCGGGAAGAUCUGGCUCACUGUGCUCUUCAUCUUCCGCAUCCUCAUCCUGGGCUUGGCCGGGGAAUCUGUGUGGGGGGACGAGCAGUCGGAUUUCGUGUGCAACACCAAGCAGCCAGGCUGCACCAACGUCUGCUAUGAUAAAGCCUUCCCCAUCUCUCAUAUCCGAUACUGGGUGCUCCAGUUCCUCUUUGUCAGCACCCCAACCCUGAUUUAUCUCGGCCACGUUGUCUAUCUCUCCCGGAAGGAAGAGAAGCUAAAGCAACAGGAGAGCGAGCUUCGGGCUAUCCACAGCAAGGACCCAAAGAUCGAGCAGGCCCUGGCAGCCGUGGAGAAGAAGAUGUCCAAGAUCUACGUGACGGAGGACGGGCGGCUCAAGAUCCGAGGGGCGCUGAUGUGGACGUACAUCAUCAGUGUGAUUUGCAAGAGCAUCUUUGAGGCCGGCUUCCUCGUUGGCCAGUGGUACCUGUACGGCUUCUCCAUGGUGCCCCGCUACGUGUGCAAGAGGGACCCCUGCCCCCAUCAGGUGGACUGCUUCAUCUCCCGCCCCACUGAGAAGAGCAUCUUCAUCAUCUUCAUGCUGGUGAUGGGCCUGAUCUCCUUAAUCCUGAACCUCCUGGAGCUUUUCCACCUUUGCUGCAAGAACCUGCUUAGCAACAUCAAGAAGGCGUCGGUGCCGGCCGGCCCGAGCCGGGACGCCUUUGCCGAUGACAUGGUCUCGGGUCCCUACCCACCCAAGCACUACCCCUUCCUGCCCAUGGCCGAGAGCCACACGCCGCCCUACCAGGCCUACAACAAGCUCUCCAGCGAGCAGAACUGGGCCAACUUCCACAACGAGGAGAACCUGGCGCUGGGCAGCGGCAGCAGGCCCCUGUCGGACCCCUACGCCCCCAACGCUGACAAAGCCCCAGCCCCAGAGGAGAAGCUGUGCAGCCGGCCCGGGCAAAGACCGUGCCGUCUGGGUGUGGGUGGGCCCCAGCCGGCCGGGGGGACCUUCCUCGGUCCCUCGUGCCUGCAAAGGUGCUGGCCGUGGGCAGGCAGCUGCCUCCUGCCUGGUGCUGUGCCGUACGGACAGGCCCCGCUCCGGAGGCUGUGCCCGCAGAGACCUGCCUGCCAUGGGACGUGA